AGUUCCAGGGCUCUUGGAACCUCAGGAGCCCUUGGAUUUGGGAGGAACCGCCAUUCCCAAAGCUCCGGAAGAGCCGCUCGCAACCGAAUCCUUCCUCCUUCCCCUUUCCCAGCUGGAUUUCUGGAUCAACCCCUCUGCCCCCGCCCUCCCUGUGGACGUGAGGAUUCCUGCUGCCAGCGUCCAGUCGGUCAAAGCCUUCCUGGAAUCCCAGGGGAUCGAGUAUUCCAUCCUGAUCGAGGACCUGCAGGAUGUUCUGGACAAGGAGAAGCAGGACAUGGCCGAGAGCGCCCAGAGGGAGCGAAGCACCAGCUUCGACUUCAGCUCCUACCACACCCUGGAUGAUAUUUAUGCGGAGCUGGACCACCUUGCAUCCGAGCACAGCUUCGUGGAGAAGAUCCAGAUCGGGGAAUCCUACGAGAAGCGCCCUCUGUACGCCCUCAAGUUCAGCACCGGCGGAUCCAACCGCCCGGCCAUCUGGCUCGACGCCGGCAUCCACUCCCGGGAGUGGGUCACCCAGGCCAGCGCCCUCUGGAUCGCCAGCCAGAUCGCCUCCGGCUACGGAUCCGACUCCUCCAUCACCUCCCUGCUGGACAAGAUGGACCUUUUCCUGCUGCCAGUGGCCAACCCUGAUGGUUUUGUGUACACCCACACCUCGAACCGCAUGUGGAGGAAGACCCGCUCCAAGAACGCGGGCAGCAUCUGCUACGGGGUGGAUCCCAACAGGAACUGGGAUGCGGGCUUUGGAGGUCCCGGGGCCAGCAGCUGGCCCUGCUCCGACUCCUACCACGGCCCCAGCGCCGAGUCCGAGGUGGAGGUGAAAUCCAUGGCUGACUUCAUCAGGAACCACGGGAACUUCAAGGCCUUCCUCACCCUCCACAGCUAUUCCCAGCUCCUGAUGUAUCCCUACGGAUACAAGUGCACCAGGCCCGACGACUACGCCGAGCUGGAAUCCCUGGGAAGAGCCGCUGCCGAUGCCAUCAAAUCCGUGUACGGCACCACCUUCCAAGUGGGGCCCAUCUGCUCCACCAUCUGUGAGUGGGGGGCUGCUCGGGGCUGGUUGGGCUGGCCCUGGACAACA